GGGCAGCAGGGUUAUUGCUACGGUCCGCUAACAAUGCAAACUGGGGAGGGCUAGGAGACUGGCAGUAGCUGGCCAAGUGCCCAAUGCGCUUGCGCAUAGACAGGGUGCCAGGUACGCAUGCGCUAUUGUGGUUGAGUUGCUAAACUGCGCUAGAACGCCUGCGCACUGUGCUGCCAACGUUGUGUUGUCUCCCUGGGGAAAGGAAGGUCGGGCGAGUCCACGUAAAAGGAGCCCCGCUGUGCGCGGAGCCCUCUGCUGGGCGGAGGGGGAGUGCCAGCCCCUGGGAGUUCGUACCUGGUUGACGUUGCCAGCAGGAUUUGACGGUGGAGUCUGAUGAAAGAGACAACUCCCGAGCUGGGAAGGAGGAGGUCCGAGUGAAGAUCAAAGACCUGAAUGAGCAUAUUGUUUGCUGCCUGUGUGCUGGCUACUUCGUGGAUGCCACCACCAUCACAGAGUGUCUUCAUACUUUUUGCAAGAGUUGUAUUGUGAAGUACCUCCAAACCAGCAAAUACUGCCCCAUGUGUAACAUCAAGAUCCACGAGACACAGCCACUACUAAACCUCAAACUUGACCGGGUCAUGCAAGACAUUGUGUACAAGCUAGUGCCCGGCUUGCAAGACAGUGAAGAGAAACGGAUUCGGGAAUUCUACCAGUCCCGAGGCUUGGACAGGGUCACCCAGCCCAGUGGGGAAGAGCCAGCCCUCAGCAACCUUGGCCUCCCCUUCAGCAGCUUCGACCACUCAAAAGCCCACUACUAUCGCUAUGAUGAACAGCUGAGCUUAUGCCUGGAGCGGCUGAGUUCUGGCAAAGACAAGAAUAAAAAUGUCCUACAGAACAAGUAUGUUCGAUGUUCUGUUAGAGCUGAAGUACGCCAUCUCCGGAGGGUCCUUUGUCAACGCCUGAUGCUAAAUCCACAGAAUGUACAGCUCCUUUUUGACAAUGAAGUUCUCCCUGAUCACAUGACAAUGAAACAGAUUUGGUUGUCCCGCUGGUUUGGCAAGCCAUCCCCUUUGCUUUUACAAUACAGUGUAAAAGAGAAGAGGAGGUAGGGGCCAAGCCCCACUCAGUCCUCUCCCCUUCCCUCCCCAGAUAUUUAUGUGAAAUUAACUGUGGCUUUAUUUUUUGAAAUAAAAGCUUUCUAAAAGCA